AUGGCGUCAACGGGUCUCCAGCUGCUGGGCUUGGUGUUGGCUGUGAUGGGGUGGGUGGGCGGGGCGCUGGUGUGCGCGGCUCCUCUGUGGCGCGUGUCCGCCUUCGUGGGCGGCGAGCUGGUGAUCGCACAGGUGUUGUGGGAGGGACUGUGGAUGAACUGCCUGUCUCAGACCACAGGUCAGAUCCAGUGCAAGUCCUACGACUCCACCCUGGCGCUGCCCGCGUCUGCCCAGGCCGCCCGGAGCCUCACUGUUCUCGCCUUACUCCUCUGCCUCCUGGCCCUCAUGCUCGGGGUGGCCGGGGCCAAGUGUACUCACUGCAUGGGGGACGGUAACCACGCCAACAAGGCUCGGCUGGCAAGGAUAGCGGGGCUGCUCUUCGGCGUGGCUGGCUUGGCCUACAUAAUACCCAUCAGUUGGACGGCCCAUGCGAUCAUCAGGGACUUCUACGAUCCGAAUGUCCCGGCGCCUUUAAAGAGAGAGCUGGGGCCGGCCCUGUACCUGGGCUGGGGGGCCAGCCUGCUGCUCAUGGUGGGGGGCUCUCUGCUCUACAUGGGCUCUUCUCCACAAGGAGCAAGAGCGCUGCCUGUUUUCGGCGGAGCAGCGAAGGACAACCCAGUGGCAGGGCCGUCAGGGGAGGCCAAGCAACCGGGGAAAUCAUUUGUAUGAGAUGAUUUUAUUGGACGUGCAAGGUCAACCUGCAAGGUCACCGUCUAUUAGAGGACGUCAGCCUCUAUUGUGUUUACUGUCUUAUAAAGCAGAGAGUUGUGUUUUGUUUAUUUUAGCCAUAAUGUGGAUUCCAUUACACUUUGGCAAAUUAUUAUUAAUGAAUUUACACAAUGAGCUACUCGGCUGAGGGUUUCUACAAUGUAUAGCUUUCAGUCCGAGUGGGAUUCGACAUGAAUUGUGGGAGGUUUUAAAUGUUUAAAAAUUAAUCUGUGUGAUUUACAUUUCUCAAAUUCCAGUCUGCCUCUGCUUGUGUGUGUGUGUGUGUGUUUGUGUGUUUGUGUGGGCGUUCUGUGUACAGAAGGCCAGUGUACAUGGCAUAUCUGUGUAUGCUGGUGUGUUCACUGACAACAUGCAGUCAGAGCGAUGCCUGUUUAUUUAAUUUCAUGAAAGUGUUGUUGAUGAAUGAAUAUUUGGGGAAUUUAGCAAAUUUACUCUUGACAUUUUCUUUUUUCAUUUAUGUCAUUAUUCCUGUUUAUAUUUAUUUUUACUGUGGUUCUGUGUAAUGUUUUUAUACUGCAACCUUUUAUUGAUACCAGUUCAAACUGCCCCUCAAACUGCUUUUUUCUUUUGCCUUCAUUGGAGAAAAGGUUAUUAAUGGUUAUUUAGCAUUAUUAUUUCACAAAGUAGUAGUUUGGUUAAUUUAGUUUCACAAAAAAAUGAUGUGUACACUUUCACAUAGACAGUAGCGAGUCUUACGUCUAGAGAUGUAAAUGUUAUGUUUCAUCCAGCGUUUACUGCAGUUGGCUAAAUAACACAAUACAUUAUUAUUCAGGAGAUGCACGUGUGAUAUUUCAUUUUCCACCUUUAGAUUUUUGUUUGGAAAUGUGUGUGAUUAAUAACCACUUAUGUAUAAUAAAUAUGUGUGUGCAUUCCCCUACAACUUUUUUCAAAUUGUAAAGCCCUGUCAUGUUUUAAAGGGAUUUGAAACACA